GGCCAGCGUCAAAGCUGAGAAUGAAGAAGAUACGGAAAAAGGCUAAGACUCCGUGAGUGCAGCAGAUUGGCGCGAAAGGAAAAAAUGGCGGGACUCUCCCGCCUGUCACUUCUCCCGAAUUCCGCGGUCGACGAACUCCUCUCUCUCUUGCUUCUCGCGGAUUUCGAAAUUUUCUCAGUCACCACAGCGAGAGCGAGGCGCUUUGGUUGCGAAGGUCAGAAGUCCGGUCGAGGGUUUAGACAAUUGCACGAGAUUUGGAAGAAGCUUGUGGCAAGUAGUCUCUUUGCGUCUGGAAUUGGAGGCUGAGGGUACGCCUUGCGAUGAAUUCAUAGUUCAAGUUUCAUUUUUUAAAAAUCUGGAGCUCGUCCAGAGGCGUACGGCGUCGGAGCGAUGUCUGUCUCCGCGAAGCAUCCGAAGUUCACGGAGGCGCACGGGAAAGGGCCUCGAGCAUGCAUUCUGUGGGAUAAUCAGGGUCAAGAUAUCAUAACUGCGGGUGCUGAUGCGCGACUUCUUAUUCAUAAAUCCGGCGGGGAAUCCUUGACUCCAAGCGUUCUGCAUCAAAAAGCCGUCACUUCCCUGGCAUUGUCUCCGAAUGGCCUUCUUUUGGCAUCAGCUUCGCUUGAUCACUCUGUCAAGCUUUAUUCAUAUCCAGGUGCCACAUUUCAGAACAAUGUGACAAGAUUUAGCUUGCCAAUUCGUGCUCUUGCGUUCAGCGUCACUGGCGGACUGCUUGCAGCAGCAGGGGACGAUGAUGGUAUUAAGCUCAUCAGUACGGUGGACAAUUCUAUAGUUCGGGUGAUGAAGGGGCACGAUGGGCCCGUUGUUAGUCUUGCAUUCGACCCGAAAAAUGAAUUUCUUGCAUCUGUUGACACAGAUGGCACGGUCAUAUAUUGGUCUUUAGACACAGGGGCGAAAGUUCACACACUCAAGCAUGCUGCCCCCGACGUGGAUCUUGAAGACCCGUGCGUGAAUCAGAUAGCAUGGCAUCCAAGUGGUGAUGUUCUGGCUGUCCCGGGCCAUCAGUUUGACGUCGUCAUGUAUGACAGAGAUACAGCCGAAGUGCACUUUCGAAUGAGGGGUGGUCACAAUACGUCUAUCGGAUUCCUGGCUUGGUCUCCGAAUGGGAAAUACCUCGCUACCACAGGUGAAGACAGGAAGGUUAUGCUCUGGGACGCCGAGAAAAAGAUAGACCUGGAUAGACUGAAAGUUCUCUCACAGGUGUGUGCCUUAGCAUGGAAGCCUACAGGGAAUUCUCUGGCACUUAUUGAUGUCGAAGGAAGGUAUGGUGUGUGGAACGAUGCCAUUCCAAGUCAUCUAGCUUCUCCGUGUGAUUUAGAGCAGGUGAGUUCAUUAGUCACUAGGCAAGAGCUCCUGCAUUUCAGUGAUGAUGAAGCCGAAGAGAAAGCAAGUGCGUCGGACAGUGAAGAUGAGAUUAUUGGAGCUGAGGUGGAUCUGAUGGACGACGAGAGCGAUGAAGAAGAAUCUAUGUUGAGAAAGGAAUUUGGAGAUUCAAAGGCAUCCAACGGGUUAACUCGUAAGGUAUCUCAGGGCAAGGAUUCAGCUUCAGUGAAGGUGAAAGAGGGCAGGAUUGAUUCUCUUAACGACACAGUACCUCGGCAGCAUUCUAGCCACAAACCGAUGCCGGAGAAGCAGCCUGCCUUUCAACCUGGAGUUACUCAACAGACGGUUGGGACGAGAAGAUUUUUGGCAUACAACUUACUGGGCUGCAUCAUCACGUCUGAGGGUGACGGUGUAAAUCACGUUGAGGUUGAAUUUCAUGAUACUAGUCGAGGUCAUCGAAUUGCGCCUCUGGCGGAUUAUUUCGGGUUUACUAUGGCAGCCCUUGGUGAAAAGGGAAGCGUCCUUGCCAACCCGCAGAGAGACAAGACACCGAGUACUCUUAUCUAUCGCCCCUUUGCCAGCUGGGCGAGCAACAGCGAGUGGUCAAUGCGCUUUACCCCAGCCGAAGAAGUUAAGGCUGUAGCCGUCGGGGAUGGAUGGGUUGCCGCCGCGACAAGCUUGGAUUAUCUUCGGAUAUAUACUGAAUCUGGUCGACAGAAACACCUGUUCUCUUUGACAGGUCCAGUCGUGGCUAUGACAAGUUAUCAACAGCAUCUUGCGGUUGUAACUCAUGCAUCAGAUCCUAUGGAGUCAGGUCAGCAGGUGAUGAAAUACAUCGUACUAGACUUGCGCACCAAUCAGCAAUUGCUGACUGGCCCUCUUGCUAUCACACCUGGAGCUACUCUAACGUGGUUGGGGUUCAGUGAGAGUGGAUCUCUCAGCUCCUUCGACUCAAAGGGCGUACUGCGGAUUUUGAGUAGGACCUUUGGUGGGUGCUGGGUUCCUAUCUAUAGUGUUCCUGCAGAGCAACAGAGCAAUGGUGACACAACUUGGAUGGUCGGACUAAAUGAAACACAAAUUUUUUGCAUCAAAUGCAAAGUACCUGAACUUCAACCUCAAGUCCAUCCGAAACCUGUUCUGAGUAUUUUAAGCCCCAUGCUGCCUCUCGCACAUUCCGAUCUUGGAGCGACGGAAUUGGAAAACGACCUUUUGUGCAAGUCAUUCCUCCUUGAAGAGACGAGGCUACGAGCGGACGAAGCAGCUGAUAGAGGAGAAAAAGAUGACGACGACGACGAAGAAAAAAUCUUGAGAACAGAAGCUGAACAAGACCGAUGCCUGCUGCGUUUGAUAGCUGCUUGCUGUCAUGGUGACAAACUGGCGAGAGCUUUGGAACUUGCAAGCAUGCUCUCAUUACACAAGUCCUUGGAGGGUGCAAUCAAACUGGUGACGGCCAUGCGCUUGCCGACAUUAGCAGAGCGCAUGAACACAUUGCUUGAGGAACGAAGAAAGGUCGAGAAAGCUGCUGCUGGCCCUCCGCCAACUAGAGAACCAGUAUUUCCGAGAUCUUCCCUUCUGCGGCUAGAUGGACCUCUAAGUGGGCCCCAAGUACAUAAGUUAUCAUCUCCAGCAUUGCCCGCCAAACAAACUCUCCCUACAACCGAACCUUUUUUGGAGAACUCCAGAACCGUACCUGAAGCUUCCGUAAGAUCCAGCGAUGACAGUUCGGCACAAAAGGUAGUCUCUGUCCACACGAAAGCUAAGGAAGUGGAAAGGAGCAACUCGCAGCAAACACCGGGAGCGAGUGACGACGGGAGAUGUCCUGAGGUUCCGUCUUCCAGCCCAUUAGCCAAACCUGUCAACCCAUUUGCCAAACCCAAGCAAGCAGAAGGCAGUUCCUUGGGGGAUGGACUCUCAACGUUGACUGCCAUAAAGAAUUUGCAGGUACAAGGUGGCGGGAAAAGAAAGAACACUGCCGUAAAGGAAAAACGGUCUGAUAAGAAACCUAGGAAGAUACCCAAAGCUACCUAGUUGCCAGAUUUCAUAUUGAUGAAUAGUCAUUGUCUGCACAAAGUGCUUGUAUAUUCUAAGUAGACCUGAUCAAUAUCAAGUCUUCGCACAAAGUGCUUGCAUCUUCUGGUUGAUUAGAACACCUCAUGCACGUGGUAAUGUCCAAAAAA